CUGUCAGCCUCAAACUCAAAAAAGGCAGUUUGCAGAGUGGUUUGGAAGCAGGUGGGCAGGAAAUUCCAGAAACCCAGAAUAAUCUGGACUGUAAACUUCAUCUAAUCAAGGAUGGCAGAUGCUGAAAGAGAAAUGGGCCUCCCUCCGAUUGAGCAGAAACCAGGGCUUCAAAUAUGGACCAUCAAGAAUAUGAAGAUGGAGCCUAUUCCUGCAAAGGCUUAUGGGAGUUUCUUUGAAGGAGAUUGCUACAUCGUACUAAAUAACAUAAAGAUGCAGCAUGGCUUUGCCACUGAUCUCCACUUUUGGAUCGGGCGCGAUGCCACUCAGGACGAGCAAGGGGCUGCGGCUUUCUAUGUCACCCAGAUGGAUGAUUCCCUGGGAGGCCGAGCCAUUCAGCACCGCGAGGCUCAAGGACACGAAUCCGCUGCUUUCAAAAGUUAUUUCAAGAAAGGCAUCAUCUACAAGAAGGGAGGAAUGGCUUCAGGGUUCAAGCAUGUUGAGACCAACAUGUAUAACAUCAAAAGGCUCCUUCAUGUUAAGGGCAAGAAGCAUGUGUCAGCGACAGAGGGAAUGAUCUUGGCACGAAGCAUCCGGGAUGGCGAGAGAGGCGGGCGGGCCCAAAUUGCCGUCAUCGACAACGAGAAGGACUGCCCGGAGCUUAUGCAGAUCAUGAAGGCGACGCUGGGGGAGAGGAACCGCGAGAUCAGAGAACCGUUACCGGAUGAAAAAGCCGAUGAACAGCAGAAAGGCAACGUCCGCCUUUACCAGAUUGUCACAUUAUAGACCAGGGAGGUUUGAAAAUCUAUGUCUGGAGAGGAAGAGAGUCCAGCAAGGAAGAAAAAAAUGCUGCUUUUAGUCGGGCAGUGGUUCCAGGAACGAGUCCCUCAAUAUCAGGCUCGCUUGUUUGAAUGCUCCAACCAAACCGGCCGAUUCAUCAUCACUGAAAUAGUGGAUUUUGGCCAGGAUGACUUGGAUGAAGAUGAUGUCAUGCUACUGGACACCUGGGAAGAGAUUUUCCUUUGGAUUGGGAAAGCUGCCAACAGCUACGAAAAGACGGAGUCCAUUUCUGCAGCCAGAGAAUAUUUGAAGAACCACCCAGCAGGGAGGGAUGUAGCAACCCCAAUCAUCAUGGUCAAACAAGGUCACGAGCCCCUGAACUUUACCGGUUGGUUCACUGCCUGGGACCCUUACAAGUGGAGUGAUGGAAAGUCGUAUGAACAGAUGAAGAGCAGUUUAGGAGACGUCUCUGCCAUAUCAGAAAUCACAAUGGAUCUGAAAAAUACCAACUUCAACCACAGAAGUACCGGCAAUAAGCCUGCCACUGCCACUGCCAAUGCAGACCUUUCGGAAGCCAGGUCAAGUCUGCCGGAUGACCAAGCAAUUACUCAUAGUAGUAACUGUUACAACGCCAACACAGCUUGCCAAGAAGCAAAUGAGGUCGGUACAUUUCCUAGAGAUCUGCUGAUUAACAAGACGGUGGAUGAGCUUCCGGAAGGUGUGGAUCCCACCAAAAAGGAG